AUGUGGCAUCCACAUCUCUUGCUAGUAGUGUCUUUUGAGAUAUUUUCCACGGUCAGGGCCCUUUACGAACAGUGCAAUCAUCAGGUUAAACUGCAAUCGGGCCAAAAGCUGCUCAUCAACUCGCCCUAUUACCCCGCCUUGUAUCCUGUCGGCACAUCCUGUCGCUAUGCCGUGGAGGCCCCCAAGGAUCAGGUGCUGCAGUUCAAGUGCGAGCUGCAAUUACAAACGCUUGCCAAUGAUUUGAAAUGCCGCUCGGAGGUCUUUCAUUUCAAUUCCGAAGGCGACGAGGUGUUAACAAGUUCCGAGUACUUUUGUGGCAGCGGAAAAUUCGAGCGCAAAAGUUUUCUCAAUCGUGCUGUGAUUUCCUACAUAUCCACUGGCCAGGCCCAGCCCCCCUCGACUGUCAAGUUAAAGGAUAAGCUCACGGGUAUGCCGCAAAAAACAACAACUUCUACUUCCACAACAGAGGCCCCCAAAGGUGAUUCAAUCGAAGAGCAGGAUGAGGAAGAGGAGGAGCUGGAGGAACAGGAAGAACCUGAGGAGGACCUCAGCGAUGAGGUGUUGCACGUGUUGCAGGAUGUGGGCGUUAGCGAUGCACUGGCCUAUGUGGCCUCACUUCUAUACGAUGACGAAGAGUCGAGGAAGUCAAGUGCCACGAUUUUCAGCAUUCCAAAGACUUCCGCAAAACGUGCGCGAAUUGUUGCCAACUAUCCGCUGGCCCCUCUGCCAGGAGGUGGCCGGUUCACCUGCCUGGUGGAGGCCAUUCGGCCCACGUGCACCUGCGGCUGGAGUCGCUACACCUCUCCCCGGAUAGCCAGUCCCGUGAACGAGGAGGCAGGCCUGCACGAGUUCCCAUCCAUGGCAGGGGUGCUGACCAAGAAGCAGGGCAAGGUCUUCUGCGGAGCUGCCAUUAUUCAUCACCAUUAUUUACUCUCCGCCGCUCAUUGUUUUCUGGGUCCGGAAACCAACAAGGCCGACCAGCUAAGGGUGGUGGUGGGGGAGCACGACUUGGGCAGUGCAUAUGAGACAUUUGCCACCCGGCGCUAUGACCUGGAGACCCUGAUCCUGCACGAGGACUUUAGCCAGGCCAAUGGGCAGCCUAGGAACGACAUAGCCCUGCUCAAGACCCGAUCGCCAAUCGUCUGGAGUCGAAACGUUGGCCCAGCCUGCCUUCCCUUACAGUUCACGGAUGAUGGGAAGAAACUGCCCUUGACCGGACAUCAAGUGGUGGCUGCCGGUUGGGGUACCACAUCCUAUGGUGGACCCCAGACCCAUCGCCUGCUGAAGACCACUCUGGAUGUGAUCGAUAGCCAGCGUUGUCGGCAAACCUUGACCUCGGCUGUGGUUCCGGCGCACACUUUCUGCACAUAUACGCCCGGACGGGACACGUGUCAGUACGAUUCCGGAGGAGCUCUGUACGAGCGGAUUCACGGACGCCUAGUGGCCGUGGGCAUCGUCAGUUUUGGCCAGGGCUGUGCCACUCAGCAGCCGUCGGUCAACACCCGGGUCGCCUCGUUCAUCAAGUGGAUUCGCGCCAAGAGCCCCGAAGUGUCCUAUUGUCCUGGCCGCAUAUGAGGCCCAGCAACUACUCUGAUUUAUGAUAUUAUUGAGGCCAAGAUAGUUGGUCCUUGAAUAAUGGAAACUGAC